AUGCAAAAGACAACCGAUCACAUGGCAAUCGACACGAACGGAAACAAGCCAAAUUCCAUUCCACAAAUCAGAGACACCAUGACGCAAGACUACUCUACCACAACCAUGGCUGACAAAGCCAAGCAGACGGAACGCCCAACGCAGCCUGUUCCCAACAGCCCUGUCAAGCCCGACGCUAUUUGCAGCAAACCCAAUGAAUCCAGCGACAAGACAUCCUCAUCGGAAGCCUCUACCGACUACCGCCUUCCUUUCGGAUGGGACCCCGCGUGUAUUUCUCCUCACCCCGCGCGAGGACCGAGGCGUACUUACCAUUCAAAGGCACCCGCGUAUUACAAACCGUACCCCGCGCUUUGCAAGGGCGGCCGUAUACCUCCAAGAUUCGGCCGUGUAUCUCCUCCACCCGAAGCUCCACAUCAGCAUGAACUCGACCCUCAUGACCAUUGGACUACGACACAACUCGACCCUGACCACUACCCUGGGAUGCCUCUAGGGGGGAGGCCAUAUCAUGUGCAUUUUCAGCCAGCGGAUGUUCGCAUGCCUGAGCCUAGGCCUAUCAACAUCGCGCCUGCGAACCGUCCUUGCGUAGAUGUAUACGACGUAUCUGAUCUGCACAAGCGUCAUGGUUUUUACGAAUACAGCGUACCUCCUCUGAAGGCGGGGAACCAAGUUCCAUGGGUGCAUGGGUUUCCUAUGCCUAGAAUGUUUCCGGCCCCGAGUGGCUACGACGGCGGACCUUCGGAGAAAGCGGAGGGAGAAGCGGAGGAUUUUUCGCUGAAGGGAAAGUAUGUUCGAUUUGCCAAGGAAACAGAGAUCAAGACAUCAGCAAAGAAGGAGAAAGAGAGCAUUGCGGAAAAGGAGAAGAAGAAGCCCGCCAUUGCUUCUUUUGCUAAGGAGGGGGGAAAGACCUCCUUGGCCUUUAUCCUCAACCCAGUUGAUGACUUCUCGAGGGAAGAGGAGGGAAAGAAGGAGGAGGCGAAGGAGGAAAAGUAAGGCCAUGAGAUUGGCGCAGAGACAGAGGGUCGACAAAUCUACCUAUGCUGAUACGGGGUAUUCUGAUGAUGGAUUCAUCUGUACUCGAUCUUUGGGCUCCACAAACAAUGGAAGCUUGGAACUUGGUACACGAACUUCAAGCAAACCACACUUCAAUUUCCUGUACCUAAUCGAGAUACGUUCACACAACAAGGCCUCGCAUCCACAUGCAUAGAACGGUUCAUCUCUUCAGACAUCUCCAGAGAUGAGACGAACGUGACAUGGAAGUUUUCUGUGCCAUAUUGCCAUGGUAGAGCCCCCAAUCCACUAGUCUACACC